AUGGAGGUGGUGGCCCACAUGGUUUUGAUGCGAUUCAACAUGACCGGAUUCUAUGUGGUUUACAAAAACUUUCUGCCGGUGCUCCAGGAGUUGCCUUACUUCGGCUACCUGGCGUGCUUCUAUAUCUUCGGGGUGGAAAAUCUAAUAGCCGGUGUGAAUCUAUGCACAAGUGUCCAACCUUCGAUGUCCAAGGAAGUCCUGCGCUCGCUGAUUAGCUGCUUCGUCUAUGUGAUCUCUUCGAUGCUGAUGCUAUUUGACGCCGAAUCGGACUUUAAAUAUAUCAAACCCACUAAGAAGCCCAACGACCAGCUGCAGAAGCCCCUACACCCAUACUUCAAGUACAAUCAUCUGCACUCCCAGGGAAUGGCGUCGAUGGUGUGCAGUGGGAUUCAUAUGCUACACUUCCUAGUCGCCCUUUCGGUUCUGCGGUUCAGCGAGGACACGGGCACCGAAUACGAUUUGGGGAACGUUGUGCUGCAUUUGCUUAAGUACUAUCAGUGGAUUUGGGACUACAUCAACUCAGAUCCCGAAGGUGCCACCAAUUCCACCAAUGCCCUUGGCUUCUCAUCUCAGUAA